AUGGAGAAAUGUUACGAGAGGCCUUCGUUCAAGGCAGCUGUAGCGAAAGAAGGUGGGGACGAAGGACAGAGCGGAGACUGGCUGUCGUCGUUCUUCGCUCCUCCCUCCAAGCCAAAGACGAGAAAGAGCGUCUUCCGUCCCUGCAUCGACCUCCACGAAGGCGUCGUCAAACAGAUCGUCGGCGGCACACUCACCGACACCGAUUCGACGCUCAAGACCAACUUCAUCGCCACCCACAGUCCAGCCCACUUUGCAUCGCUCUACCGUCAACACAACCUCACCGGUGGACACGUGAUCAAGCUCGGUCCUCGAAACGACGAUGCCGCCACCUCUGCCGUCCAAGCCUGGCCCCAGGGUCUGCACGUCGGCGGCGGGAUCAACGGCGACAACGCUUCCGAAUGGCUGGAGAAGGGCGCGGAGAAGGUGAUCGUCACAUCGUACCUGUUCCCGUCGUGCAAGUUCGAUCUGACCCGCUUGAAGGAGUUGAGCUCGAAGGUGGGGAAGCAGAAGUUGGUGGUGGACGUCAGCUGUCGAAAGCGAGGGGACAAGUGGAUUGUAGCUAUGAACAGAUGGCAGGAUAUGACGGACAUGGAGGUGAACAAGGAGACGCUGGAUCAGCUGGCCGAGCACUGCAGCGAGUUUCUGAUCCAUGCGGCGGAUGUGGAAGGGUUGUGUCAGGGGAUCGAUCAGGAGCUGGUCAAGAAGCUGGGUGAAUGGGUGACCAUCCCGACGACGUACGCGGGUGGAGCGAGACACUUGGGCGAUUUGGAGCUGGUGGACAAGUUGAGCGGGGGCAAGGUGGAUCUGACGUUUGGAAGUGCGUUGGACAUCUUUGGUGGGAAAGGCGUGACGAUGGAGGAGUUGAUCAGCUGGAACGAUGGGGCCAAGCAGUAG